CUGCCGGCCGCCGUAGGCGCCGCGCUUCCGGCGUGCGACCGGGUGACGUGGCUGGGCGGAGCGGACGUGGCGUCGCAGGUCGGCGUUGGCGGCGGGGCGCGGGCCGGCUCCGCGGCGGGGCCUGCUGCGAGCGCGGGGACGCCGAGGCCCGAGAUGGCGGCGCCCGGGCGGCAGCUCUGCGGGGCCGCCGCGCUGCUGCUCCUGCUGUGCCUGCCGCUGCGCGCCCGCGCCGACGAGCACGAGCACACGUACCAAGAUAAAGAGGAAGUUGUUUUAUGGAUGAAUACAGUAGGACCCUACCACAAUCGCCAAGAAACAUACAAAUACUUCUCUCUUCCUUUUUGUGUGGGAUCAAAAAAAAGCAUCAGCCAUUACCAUGAAACCCUAGGAGAAGCACUUCAAGGAGUUGAAUUGGAAUUUAGUGGUCUUGACAUCAAAUUUAAAGACGAUGUCAUGCAGACUACGUACUGUGAAAUUGACUUGGACAAAGGCAGAAGAGAUGCAUUUGUGUAUGCUAUUAAAAAUCACUAUUGGUACCAGAUGUAUAUUGAUGACUUGCCAAUAUGGGGUAUUGUUGGAGAAGCCGAUGAAAAUGGAGAAGAUUAUUACCUUUGGACUUAUAAAAAACUUGAAAUUGGUUACAAUGGAAAUAGAAUUGUAGAUGUCAAUCUGACCAGUGAAGGAAAGGUGAAAUUGGUACCAAACACAAAAAUCCAGAUGUCAUAUUCAGUGAAAUGGAAGAAAUCGGAUGUGAAGUUUGAAGACCGAUUUGACAAGUAUCUUGACCCGUCUUUCUUUCAGCACAGAAUUCACUGGUUUUCAAUUUUCAAUUCUUUUAUGAUGGUGAUCUUUCUGGUUGGCCUAGUGUCUAUGAUAUUAAUGAGAACUUUGCGAAAAGAUUAUGCAAGAUACAGCAAGGAGGAAGAAAUGGAUGAUAUGGACAGAGAUCUAGGUGAUGAGUACGGGUGGAAGCAGGUCCAUGGAGAUGUUUUUAGACCAUCCAGUCAUCCUCUAAUAUUUUCAUCGCUUAUUGGUUCUGGUUGUCAAAUUUUUGCUGUGUCUCUUAUAGUCAUUGUUGUUGCAAUGAUAGAAGAUUUAUACACAGAGAGAGGAUCAAUGCUUAGUACAGCUAUAUUCGUUUAUGCUGCAACAUCGCCAGUGAAUGGAUAUUUUGGAGGAAGCCUUUAUGCUAGACAAGGAGGAAGACGAUGGAUAAAGCAGAUGUUCAUUGGGGCCUUCCUUAUUCCAGCAAUGGUGUGUGGAACUGCCUUCUUCAUUAACUUCAUUGCCAUCUAUUAUCAUGCUUCAAGAGCUAUACCCUUUGGAACCAUGGUGGCAGUGUGCUGUAUUUGCUUCUUUGUCAUUCUUCCAUUGAACCUCGUUGGUACAAUUCUUGGCCGGAAUCUGUCAGGACAGCCUAAUUUUCCAUGUCGUGUCAAUGCAGUGCCUCGUCCCAUACCAGAGAAAAAAUGGUUCAUGGAACCAGCUGUUAUUGUUUGUCUAGGUGGAAUACUCCCUUUUGGUUCAAUUUUUAUUGAAAUGUAUUUCAUUUUUACUUCAUUCUGGGCUUACAAGAUCUACUAUGUUUAUGGCUUUAUGAUGUUGGUUCUGGUUAUCCUCUGUAUUGUGACAGUUUGUGUGACUAUCGUUUGUACGUAUUUCCUGCUAAACGCAGAGGAUUACAGGUGGCAAUGGACAAGCUUUCUUUCUGCGGCAUCAACUGCAAUUUAUGUUUACAUGUACUCCUUUUACUACUACUUUUUCAAGACGAAGAUGUAUGGCUUGUUUCAAACGUCAUUUUACUUUGGCUAUAUGGCAGUAUUUAGCACAGCUUUGGGAAUAAUGUGUGGAGCAAUUGGUUACAUGGGAACAAGUGCCUUUGUUCGUAAAAUCUACACUAAUGUGAAAAUUGACUAAGGAAAUAAGAAAAUUGAACUAUGGAUCAGUUCCUGUUAUCAUGGGGACGAACUUGCACAACAAAAAGCGCAAGAAGAUAUCUGGGUUUUAACACUGGGCACUAUAUGGGUCUCCAUUUUGUGGAUGGCUUAAAGUAACAUCUAUUUCAUUGAUCCUAGGUUCUUACUGACUGCUUUCUCCAACUGUUCACAGCAAAUGCUUGGAUUAUAUGCAGUAGGCAUUACUACAGUAUGUGGCUAAUCUUCCCAAAAACAAAACCAACAACAAAACAAAAAACCUAGCUCAUUACAGAUGAAUAGACUAGCUCUCUUCAGUGAAGAGGACAAACGGUUUAUUUAAAGCAUUUGUUCCAUUCAAUAGAAAGAGGGAAACUUGGCUGCUAAAACUACUUGAUUAGUAGUCUUCCUGGUACUUAAAAAUUCUAAAUUAUGUAAAAAUGCUGUUCCAGAAAGAUUACUCUUCUGAUUUUUACUGCCAUUGCCAGGAUAGGAGGUAUGUUUUAUAUUUUGACUCCAGGUGCUUUUUGGUUUAUUUGCGAUAUCAACUAUACCCUACAUUCAUUUGUUUAAAAAAUAAUUUUAAAAUAUAUAAAAAACCCAUAUGCAUGUAAUAUAUCAGCUAUUAUUCUAGUUGGACCAACUUCCCUUUAUUUAUCUUUAAAGUAAUAUCCAACUACAUCUUAAAUCCAUCCAAAGAAAAUACAGUCUGAAGACGGGAUGUGUUCUCUGCAAUGCAAUUUACUGUACAGUUAGAAAGCAAAAUGUUAAAUGAAGAGGAUUGUUUGUUUUUUAAUAAACACUUUGAGGUCUAGAUUAAAACGAAACCAACAUUUUAACUGAAUGUCUAAAGUGAUUCUCCUUUUUUCCAAGUUAGUCUUGCUUAUUUUUUUUGUUUGGGUUUGAAUGAAGAUUUUCCUUUAGACAUUAUACAAGGGGUAAUAAGUGUAUAUAACAAACAUUAAAUAAUGUAACUUAGGUGUAGAUCCCAAAUGUAUUUGGAUGUACAGAUUUACUACAGAGUACUUUUCUGAUGAUUCGGUGUAAAAAUGUGUGAAUUUGGGUGGCUUUUUACAUCUUGCCUGCCAUUGCAUGAAAAGUUGGGGUUUCUUCACAAUGUGUGUAUGUCAUGCUUUUCUGUUCUGUUUCCUUCCUCAAGCUCUUACAGAAAAUUAAAUUUGUAAUUUAGAACAUUUUAAUUUUUGUUAAACCUAUCUGGACACUUGUGUAACAUCAGAAGCAGAGUUGCUUUAGAGUGUUCAGAAAACUAAAAUAAACUUUUCAGACAAAA